AUGCUCUUACGUGUUGCUGCUGUGGAGGCACCCCGCACACACAACCGUCGCCGCGUGACCGGAUCCAGCGGAAGGAGGAGGGAAGGAAGGGAGAGUGAGCCGCAAAUGCCCAACAUGUCCCGGCGUGUGUUUACUUCCGCGGUGCUGCUCUUCCUCGUCGUGAUGAUGUGCUGCGGCAGUGGAGCUGCGACCGCUGAGGACGCGUCGUCAGCUUCAGGAUCUUCACCGGAGAAAUUGUUUCAUUGGAGAGAUACAAAAGAUGGAGAAACAGUGAGUUCGCUCCGUGUUCCCAGUCUUGUUGAGAUGAAUGGUGAUGUGUUUGCCGUUGCCGAGGCGCAGUGCACGGGCACCGGAGGAUGCGUUUUUACUGGGAUUGCCUCGGAGUUUUUGUCUCUGACUGAUGAACAGCCAAAUGAGUUGGAUACAAGUAAAUUGAAGACACAAGUACUGGUGAACCGUUCUUCCGGAGGAGAAAAAUGCCCCUUCCAAACAGCAGUUCUGGCUGGCACUCAAAGAGUGAAGAAGGUACAUGUGAGCCGACCAACAACAGUCGUGCAGGGAAGUGAUAUUUACAUGCUUGCUGGAAACUACAGUUGGACAUAUGGGGGUAAGUCAGAUUCUGUGUUUCAAUGUGGACUCUUGCUGGUAAAAGGUAACAUUAGCAAUGAGGCAGGCAGUACCAACAAAAGGAUCCUUUGGAAAGAUACUUACGAUCUCCCAUGGAUUUCUAACGGCAGACAGGAACAAUCCUGGACACGACUGAUUGGCGGUGGUGGAUCGGGUAUUAAGACAAAAGGCAAUACUCUCUUGUUUCCAUUGGAAGGCACAAAAAAAGAGGAUGGGAAAGCCGUUUCACUGAUUAUGUACUCCUCGGACACUGCGGGUUGGACGGUAUCGAGGGAGAUGUCUGCCGACGGCUGCGGUGAUCCCUCCGUCGUGGAGUGGAAGGACAAACUCAUCAUGAUGACUGCGUGUGAUGAUGGCCGCCGCAGGGUAUACGAGUUUAAUCUAACGGAGUCGUGGACGGAGGCACUCGGGACACUCUCGCGCGUGUGGGGCAACAAACACAAGGGAAAUAAGAAGGGUGUUGGGAGCGGGUUCAUCACAGCGAGGAUUGAGGAAAAGGACGUGAUGCUCGUGACUCUGCCGGUGUAUGCCAAGACUGAGAGCGAAGAAAAUGGAAAGGGCAGACUCCAUCUUUGGCUGACGGACAAUACGCACAUUGUUGAUAUUGGGCCGGUAUCCGGAGAAGGAGACGAUGACGUUGCCGCCAGCUCCCUGUUGUACAAAAGUGCUGAAGGUGAAGAUAAGAACGAGGGGUUGAUUGCACUGUACGAGAAGAAGGAUGAGGCCGAAGCAUCACCCGGUAUGGUCUCUGUGCGUCUGACUGCGCAGCUGCAGCGGGUGAAGAAGGUGCUGACGGCCUGGAAGGAAGUGGACGACCGUGUCUCCAAGCUGUGCCGUUCUGAAAAUGUGGAGAGUAUCUCAUCUGAAAAUGCCUGCAGCCCUACUUUUAAGAUCACGGAUGGGCUGGUUGGCUUUUUAUCCGGGAACUUCUCUGAUAAGACAUGGAAGGACGAGUACCUCGGGGUGAACGCCACAGUAAAGGGGAAUGAUGGUGGGGCGGAGAUGACGGAUAACGGUGUGAAGUUCCAGGGAGCGUGGGCGGAGUGGCCUGUUGGCGCGCAGGGGGAGAAUCAGCUGUACCACUUUGCGAACUACAAAUUCACUCUUGUGGCGACGGUGUCUAUCGACGGUGUGCCGGAGGAGGGUACCACUAUUCCUUUGAUGGGUGUGAAGAUGAGUGGCGAUGGGAAUUCAGUACUCCUGGGACUGUCGUACAACAAUGAAAAGAAGUGGAUAUUAAAGUGCAGUGGCGGAACGACAAAGGAGCUCAAAAGCACAUCGGAGACAGAGAGAACACGCCACGUGGUAGUUUUGUUGAAGAGCGGCGGUCAGGGCUCCGCGUACGUCGAUGGUCAGCGUGUGGGGAAUGAAGAAUGUGCAUUGGGAGAAGCAGCAUCGAAAGGGAUCUCCCACUUCUAUAUUGGAGGGGAUGGAGGCAGCGCAGAGAACAAAGAAAGCCGAGAAGACGUGUCUGUGACGGUGACGAACGUCCUGCUGUACAACCGCCCGUUGAGUGACAAUGAGAUUGGCGUCCUUAACCCGAAUAAAGUUACCCUUCAACAGUUGGAGGAUAAGUCUUCGGAGCCGUUAACAGUUUCUUCUGAUUCCGUUAAUCCUAACACCUCUCCGGUUACCGCAGCUGUUCAGCAAACCGGAACUUUGUCUACUCCUGACGGAAAACAUCUGACGGAACAGGGACAGUCGAUGGGGAGCAGUAAUGCGGGCAGUGGCGGUGCAUCCACAACAGCGGUGUCCACUAUAACUACUCCUUCAGCAGGAGAGGAGUCCGUAAUGCAGGUGGCGUCAGGAACAUCUUCUGAUGGACAUAAAAAUGUGGGUGGCGGUUCUUCUUCUGAUGGCGAGCCAACGGUGGAGACAAGAGAAGGAGGAACGAGUGGUGGUGUGGAGGAGGUUAAUACGCAGAUCAGGGAAGUAAAUGCCACGGCACUCAGCAGCAACCUCGGAAAUGUGUCGCAAGAAAAUAAAAUUGAUGCCGGCACCAUGCGUGAGAGCGGACUGUUGCCAUUGCUGCUUCUGCUGUUGGGACUGUGGGGGUUUGUGGCUCUGUGA